GGGAAAUAGUAUCUAUGGCCUUUAAAUCAAAUUAACAUCUUCUAUAAAUCCAAUUUAUGCACUCUAUUAUAUUAUGACUUAUAAUCCUAUACAUAUUCAUCUUACAUAGCAACUUAUUCAAAAUAGAUUAGAGUUGUUAUGACUUUAACAACUUUAUUAGCUGGAUAUAAAAUUCAUAGUUUAAAUUUUCAGCCUAAUAAAGAUAUAAUAUCAUAUGUAACAAUUUUAUUGUUACUAUGCUGUCAUGCAAAUACUGAUAACCCUAUAAAUACAACUAAUAAUGAACAUCAAGAAAAGACUUUAUUGAACUUAACAUUAUUAUUUAAUGAUAGUGAUCAAUUAAAUAAUAAAAAGUUUAAUGAUUGUUCAAUUUCUUUAACAGAAUUUAUUAUUUAUUUUUAUAUUCAACCUAUAAUUUGUUUUAUUGGAUUUAUAUUGAAUAUAUUGAAUGUGAUUAUAUUUUGUAGACCACAAUUUUCAGGAGCUGCUUAUGCUUAUAUGAUUGCAAUGUCAUUAGCUGAUGCAAUUACAUUAAUUAGUUAUAUGCCAUCUGGUUUGGUUAGGUGCGGCAAAUACUUCGUUUAUUGUCAGCAUCCAGAGUUCAGAAGAUUUCGUAUUUAUCUACUCUACUAUAAUGCAUAUAUUCUCUUUCCAAUCGGAAAUAUUUCAGAGACAGCAAGUGUAUGGUUUACUCUAGUUCUAUCUGUAGAACGUUACUUAACUAUGAGCCAAAUAGGUUCAGUAUAUCAAAAUAAACUCAGGAUGCAAUCACCUAACACAUUACCUUCAAAACAAAAAAGUGAAAUAUUGUAUAACACAAACCAUUCAACUUAUACCACAGAAUAUCAAGAAACUUUUAAUGAAGAUAAAAAAUUGCCAAAAAAGGAUUCAACUGAAACAGUAGAAAAUGUAGUGGAACAGCAACACCAUCGUGAACAACAAACAACGGUGGGUAAUUUCAAAUGGUAUGAAAAGAUCUCGAACUGUUGUAAUUUAUCAGUAUUAAAACAACAUAUCAGAAAUAGUUUGACCAAUACUCCAACACCAAAGUCUUUAUGUAUCUUACAUAAAUUACACCAUUCACAUUUAGAUAAAUCAAUAGGACGUUGUAGUUUGAAUAAAUGCAUACAACUGUAUGCUUGCCGAAAUUGUAACUUCAAACAUUCACUAGUUUUUAUAACAUUUUUCAGUAUACUACUUAAUUUGCCACUAUUCUUUGUUCAAAAAGUUGUCAGGAAAAAUAAUCCUAUAAAAAAAUCAGCAAUUAAACAAAUGGAAAACAAUAAAACAAGUGAGUGGCUACAUACUAUAUCAAACCACUUCAAUAAUUUAACUUCAGCUGAUAAUCAAUACAAUCAGGGUCAAAUACAAGUUUUCACUGGUCUUACAGAAUUUGGCAAUUCAGACUUUUAUAAAAUUUUCUCAUGGACACGUAUUAUGUUAAUACAAGUUUUACCGUUAUUAUUCCUAUGCUUCGUCAAUUUUUGUUUAUUACGUUUCAUACAUAUAGCAAAUAAACGUCGUCAAAAGUACUUAUUACCAGAUUUGUCUAAUAAAAAAACCGGCCGUUUUAAAUUACAUAAAGCAAAUUUGCGCAGUACAAAAGUUAAUAAAGCUUCAAGCGCCAAAUGGCAAGCGGCACAGCGUAAAUUAACCAUUUUAUUAAUUGUUAUUAUUUGUUUAUUCAUAGCCGGACAAAUACCACAAGCAUUUGCGUAUAUUACUAUAUUUGAAGCAUUUAAUAGACAUUUUGGUAAUGUAUGCAAACGAUGGAGAUGUUGUCCUCCAUAUUUGAUUUAUCGUUCAAUAGCGCAUAUGUUGGGCUUAUUUACUUACUCUACUAAUUUUUUUGUUUAUCUUACAUUGAAUAAACAUUUCAAACAACAAUUAAACAUUUGGUUCUUAUUAAUAUGCCCUAUUAGUAAACAAUUUCGGAAAAAGUGUUUAUUAAAACAAAACAAAUCAAUAAAUCAUUCUUAUGAUCAGUCAAAAUCUAAAUUAUCAUUCACAAAUCAACAUAAAUCAAUAUCUCUACCUCAUAAUAAUCUUUAUUAUCGUAUGUGUAAAAGAAGACGUUCAUCUACGCUAUUUUGUAAUCCUACAAAACGACUAAUAUCAAUUGAUAAUACAGAUUUAUCUUCUGAAGCUGUUUCAGCUCCAGUUGAUUUAUGCACUAGUUCAAAAUGGAAAAAUAAAGAUUUUCUACAAUUAAAUGAAAUGAAAAAAGAUCUAUUAUCAACAACUAUUCAUCAUUCCCCUCAAUGUAUAAAUAAAAUCAAUUCAAUUAUUAAAUCAGAAAAUACUAUUGAUUAUAUCAAAAUGAAUUAUUCCUCAGUACCUGCUAUUAAUGACGUAUCAAACUAUUUAGUCAUAUCAAAUCCUGUCAAUACAGAUAAUAAUCUGCUUUAUAAACCUAUAGAAACUCAAUUUCAACAAUCCUCUUUAAUCACUAAAAAUAAUGACCUAUCAAUUAAUUCUAUACAACCAACAAAUUGUCAAACAGAAAUAAAAUAUGAUUUAAAUAAUCCAUCAUAUAUUUACAAAACUUUUCGUGCUUAUUAUUCACAUGAUUCAGUGGUAAAAAAUUGGAUAUUUCAGUUAACUAAUAAUAAUAAUAAUAAUAGUAAUAAUAAUCAGAAUUCUCAAAAUACUAAACAAAUUACAACAUCACAAUCACAUUCAAUUUAUUCAAAUCAAUUAAUAACAAAUAAAGAUAAUUUAAACAAUGAUUUACAACAUGAGCAAUAUGUUCAGAAUUAUGAUAAGUGUAAAGAAGAUAUGAUUAAUAAUGCAAAACAAAAUAUUAUACAUUGUGUAAAUCUUAAUAUGUUGCGCAAUAGUAAUAAUAAUAAUAAAGAUUAUUAUAAUAAAAGUAAUGAUAAUAUUAGUAAUAGUACUAAUAGUAGUACUAGUAAGAACAGUAAUAGUGCGAUAACAAAUUCAAAAACUUGUACUCAUUCAAUAAUUGAUUAUGAUUCACAUGGUGUUGGUUUGACAUUUUCACAUGUUUAUUGUCCACUUAUAUAUAGAGAGAGUGAUUUUGAUGUGAUUUCAGUUGAUGAAAGCAAUGCACAAGAUGAACCAGAGCCAAAUUCAUUUUUAUAAAGUUAAGUAUAUGUUUUAUGAAAUAACAUAUGAACAUUUGUUUAUAAUAAAAGAAUUAAUAUUUUCGUUCUUAAUGUUAUAUCUAAUAUAAGAAGACUAGGAUCUAUGUAUCGUUGAAGCAUACUAGCACAUAAAUAAACAACAUAGUAUAUAUCUAACAUUAUUCUGAGAUAUAAAUACUUGCUAUAGUUUCAAUGUUGUUUCUUCAUUUAUAGUUUUACCAUGGUCAUCAUCAUCGUAUGAGUAGAUUUCUUCCUGAUACAUCGGUGUAUUUUAUAAUAGAUAUAAAUAUUUCUAUACAUAAACAUUUCACCGUGAAUGAUAUUUAUGGUAUAAUAUACCUGUUGCAGUAUAUAAAAUUAAUGUACAGCAAAAUCAUUUUUAUUGAACAAGCUAUAAGGUCAUUCCUACUUACAGAAAGAAAAAAGAAGUUAUUGACAAAUAUUUUUCUAGAAAAAAUAUAUAUAUGUAUUUUUAUGUUGCCCGUAGUCUGAUCUUACUUUAUAAACUUGCUGUACGGGUGCAACUUUUUUGUAGUACACUAUUAGGUAGAGCCUUAUUACAUUUUCUAAACUAUUCAUAAUGCUGUAAAGUAUAUAUAUAUUUCAAUAGUACCUGAAUUAUUCAUUAGGUUACAAGAUUCAAAUAAAACUUAUUGCAAUAAACGAAUUUUCCAUUUGUUAAAAGGCAGAUUUUGUGGAGUUUAACCUUGAAAUAAAGACUAACUACGCUAUACAGUGCAGAUCUAAACAUUAUUAACUUUAUUUAAUACUUAAUCAUUAGAGAGGCUUCCAUUCUAUUAUAUUGAUUGAGUGACUUCAUAUAUACAUUAGAGCUAUAUAAAGAGGUCAUCCAAUUGUUGUGGAUACGGAGGAAUAGACCAAUAAUUAUCAUGUUAAGUCCAAUGGUGUCCUUGGACUUUAAAUGGAUAUUUCCUAUUGGUCGAUAUCUGUUCACUUGUUGAAUAUUGUACAAAAUGUUGUUUUCUAUUUUAUGGUGUGAUGUGGUAUGUUUGAUUGGUAUAUAAACAAAGUAUGUUUGAAAUAUAAUGAUUCAUAUCUCUGAGGCUGUGACUCGUGUUCUGGACUCAACUGACUGGGCUAGACAGGGAAGCCGUCCGUACGUGUUUACGUGUCAGUGUAAUCGAUCGAUAAGAUAAAAAUCGACAGCAACCUAAAGUCAUAACACCAAUCAUCAGAAAUAUUGCUAUGAUCAAUGCACCAAGCUUGUAUUUUGCAACAAGAACAGCUAUUCGAGGAUAAAUUUCGUUUCUAUAUAUAACUUAAUAGCUUGUAAAAAUACGAUCGUACAAACCAUUUUAAACGCUAAAUGAAAAUAUGCCUUCACAUAUUUUAUCUAAACACACAAGAAGCAGAUGACUGAUAUGUAGAUUUUUAACUGUAAAUAAAAACUGAGUGUUUGUCAAUAAUGUUGCCAUUUCCUAAAUAAUUCUUCAAUGUCACUUACACUUCCACGUUAAAACUUAAAAAUAUUGCUUCUACCACUGAAAGCUUCGAUAGUUUUAAACUAAAUAACAUCCAUGGGUUAUAUUUCGGCACUAUAAGACUGGCUGUGCAGCAUUUCAUAUUAACAAACAGUUUGGUUAUACAUUCAUGGGUCAAGUGAUUACUAACCUACAGAAACAAUCCUUUGUUCAAAUAAGAAUUCAUCAUAAAAACCCUGAAUCUUUGUGCGAUACAAAAAAAGUAACGCAGGAGAGAAACACAGCAAAUUGAAUAUUAGGUAAAAUGGCCUUCCGGAGGAUAAUUCAAAUAGCAGAUAUUAAACGGAAAGAAGUAAUUAAGAUUCAGGUAUCAACAAAACAAAAGAGCAAUAGUAACCAUUUUCGAAAUAGUAACCAACAAUAUUGAGUGUUCAAUAUUCCAAACACCAGUAACUCAUUUGAAAAUGAGUUCUGAGAUUUUUCAUAAUGCGUUUUAAAAGGUGAGCAAAAACAUAUAAACAGAGGCUUCUCACCAACAAACAUGACAACACAUUUACUCAAAAACUGACAAAUUUUAGAAUACAAAGACGCAUCACACGAACAAAAAAACAGCGGUAAAUCAUGAAAGAAAAAAAUAACAACUAAAGUUGAAGCAAUCCAAUGUUCAAACUAAUGACCACGAAUAUUGUAUGCGUGGUGACAUCCAACCACAUUUCUAAAUCUAACAAAACUGUUCGCAACCAGUACAUGACUACACAAUCCGGAUAUGUGAGUCAAGCUUACACUUACCAAACCAAAGAUAUCACAUAGAACACAAACAAUGGAAACCCUAGUAGCCGAGAAACAAUUUUGCGCAGUCUACUAUUUCAUACUUAGGCGACUGGUGCUGCAACUGCGUAAUAGAAACAUUAACGACAAAUAAAAGAUGAACAAAAGUAAACCUUCUAGACACCAUCUAUCUUUCCAAUCGACACUUAAUACCGAUGUGCAUCGUCGAAACAACCAAUUUAUCCCAACACAAUAGACCCUACCCAAUGCACCAUUGUGAUCACUGACUUGUCUCGACAUUUAUACAUGCAAUCUCUAUAUAUCUAUGAUACUUCGUUACGUUCAGUGCUGGAAACCCAUUUGACAAUUUAUCCUGAAGAGAUCACCUCACAGUCAACACCCGAACAUGAAACCGACACAUCAGUCAAGAAACACUGUGCUAAGCACCUGUUCUUUGUUGGUGACAUACAACAAACUGUCCUCGUAGACAAACUCCAGUCUGAUCUUUAUUCGAUGGAAUAUAGCAUCUACACACUUCCAAAAUAGAUAUAUCCCACCAUCUUUAUCGAUGCUCAAGCCAGUUCGCAUAAAAUUCCGUUAAAUUUAGACUAAGAAACUAAUGAGCAUCAACAUUUAAAUACAUAAAGCAUACUAUCAGGCUGCUGGAUAAGCCAUCAGACACACGAAGACCUCCUUAAACUAAGCAUAUGAAGUGUGUAGUGUAAACCAUUUAUUAAGCACAGGCUUAUAAACUCGACUUUGAGUCGCACUGUUUAUGUGAAAGCUAAUGAUACUAACCGAAUUCCCCAAACCGAGGUAGGUGAGGUGGGGUUAGAGCCCGCAACUUAUCGGUUGAUACAUACUUACAACACUGAAACAACCACGUUCAGCGCAUUGUCAAAACAUUGCAUUGGAAUCACGACGACUAAUACGAUACAAUACAAUACGUUACAUACCCAACGCACAAUAGAAGGCAGACGUGAAAUGCCUUACCGAAGGCGCAAAUUCUUCGGACACUUCAUAAUACGGUUAUCUGUUAUAUAUUUUGGAAAAUGUUUUAUCAAUUACUCCAGUGGCUUACCGUACGCAUCAGGAUAACCAGAAUCUAGACCCGAAGAACGGGGUUAGAACCACCACUUUUCGGCAAUCCUGCUGCAGUCAUGUAACCACCCCCACAGCUCACACACCCACCAGCAUGAACAACCUUGGUUGUCAACGCCAAAUGUCCGCAAGCAAAUUCUGUUCACGCUUUGAGAAUUGGCUAUCUUGGUUACUCUGUAGAGCAACCUUUAGACCUACACCGACUAAUCCCCAUAACACAAUGUGUGAACAGCUACAGCACCACAGCAAAACCUGCUAGUCUCACCAUCAGACAGCCGCUUUGCCGGAAAGAUUUAACUGCACACCAGCACAACUAUGUUUCCAGAUUAACAGCUAAACUCCGAGUUAAAAAUCUGCAAACAGCUAACUGAUCAAAACUGUCUCGCCUGACACUGCGAACAACAGCAAUCUCCCAUGUAUCAGCAUAGCAUACAGGCAAUCCAUAUCGGCAGGAUAUUAGCUGAUAAGAAAAGCAAAAGGCUUAGUUAGAUGAUAGAUUCAUGAUAUAUAUGUAUAAACCAAUAAAAACAAUGAACAAGUUAAAUAAGCGUCAGCAGUCAACGUCGUUCUCUUGAUAACGACCGACUAUAAUGUCGGGGAGAAGAAGGAAGACGAUAUCGAUCGUUCAUUCUACGUGGUGACCGCCUGUCACGACCAGACGAGAAAGAACGAGAACGCCGUCCAUUACGUCGCGGAGUAACCGAUCGUCUGAAAAGUUAAAAGUGAACUCAUUUGCGAGAAUACAGUUACACAAAAAUAGUGAUAAAUGAUGCAUGCAAGUGGACACCAAUAAUUAAAGAGAGAAGUAGAACAAAUAUAACAAGAUAAAUUGAAAUACAGAGAGAAUAAUUAACUAGCUAUACCUACACUUAUUACCAAGUAAAACACAAUAACCAAUGCACACAGUACACUAAACAUAUAAAAACUUCACCGUCGGGAAAUUCUUCAUACAGACUAACAAGCAUCCCCAUAAAAUUGGUUUGCAUAUAAUACGCAAAUACUACAUAAUCGCCACUCAUGGUAGGCUAAAUCCUAAUAGUAUACUUCUCAUCCACAACGCUUUCUAUUUGUCAUCUCAUCUAUAUGGACUGUCCAAAUGUCAGGCAAUCACCUGGUCAAACCCAAACGAACAAUCCCUAAUUAAUCAAAUCAAUUUGUAUGGAAAACAAUUGUAGAAACGGUACUAGAGGCACGUGAAUACCAUUAGCGACCGUCUACUUCAAUAUAGCAUUUUUGGGAGACCAGAACGAUAUCCUGGUACUAUGAAAAUGCACAAAAAUCUAACAUCUGAAUCUGCAACUUUGUAGGAGAGAUUCACAGUAGACAGUAGUUUUGCCAACAAAUCAAUCCUUUCAAUAUAGCAUUCCUAAAACACCCGACUACAGUCAGGCUCUAGCGGAAUGCACAAAAAGAAUCAUGUUUCAAUAUGUAGAAGCAAUUUUAACGGGAUGCGAUGCACACCGCCAGUGAUUGCUACGUUCAUUUUGGCAUCACUGAAGCACUAGGCUUGUUAACCAGCCUUCGUCAGAUGCCAUUCACUAAACAUCUUUAUUAUUUCGUUCUACUACAUAUACGUGUAUACUCCAGUUCCUGUUACAGCACUACACACUGGCCAUUCUUCAUAGUUCCACAUCAAUUCGCCUCCUCACAGGCGUGCAACGGCAACUCUUACGAGAUAUAACGCACUCCCCUCAAGAGCCACCAGAAGAUUCCUGCAAAAUCCAAUAUCACUUCCGUGACGCUUCGUUAAGCAGGCAUAAAUCCAACAGACCAAAACCCAUAAAUGAUUUCAUGCCACAUCCAUUCACGCCACUGAAUAAAAACUUCUCCUGCAUUUUCCCACUUUCCCGUCAACGCCCGCUUACCAUCCUUCUUCUAUUACUACGUAUGUGGUAUUCGCCAACAAAUUCAUUGCUCAAUCAAACUGUCUUGACGUAAAAAAAUAGCAACCUCAUUAAUCGAAGUCUAACAUUUAACAAUUGUACCCUUAAAAAGAAUAACACGUUGCACAAAUCCGAAAGGCAUGAUACCCACUUGAAACACAAAAUGGAUGACAACCAGUUAUCAAUUCAUCAGCUGAGCACAAACAACAUGUCACCACCAAUACUGUGGGGCACCAACUGUUAACUCUGUUUACUACACAAACACAACAAUACAUUAUUUCAUUAUCUCACCAAUUGUAAAAACACCGGCGCAGCUUCUCUAUACAUCAUCAAAACCUAACUAAGUCCCAACCGCGGCCACAACGCAAUUCAACAAUCACUCCUCAACAACGGUCCUCCUCCUACCAAUCGUACAACUCAGUGCAGUGAGAUGUCACUGAACAUGACUCAGAAUAAAAGCCAGUGGUGAUUAUUCGGUAGUCCUAUUUGACGUUCCUCCGAAACUUGAACUGUAUCUCUUAAAGUCCUCAUUCUCGUCGUGACUACAGGACUUCCCCAGCCACUUUGUCUUUUUGAACACCUAUCCUCACUUCGUAUCAUCUGGUGCGUUUCCUAGCACUCAAUUGUACCAAACACGUUACGUGUCACAAAUAAAUAAUACGAGCAACAUACACAUAAUCAAAUCUGCACAGACACCCACUUGGAUGAAAGAAGGUUAAUUCCCAACAAAUGAACGACUAUAUGACUCAGUAAAAACUUACAACCAACUAACAUCACUCUACUACAUUGAACCCGAGUGAAAACUGCACGAUACUUACAAGUGGUUGACACCAUCACUCAAACUAACAGUCGGUAGGACAAACACAUAAUUUUCCCCACUCCCUUCUUCGAUUCACAAUCUCGCGUGUCGAAUUCGCCGACUUAUACACCAACAAAACAAUUCCUGAUCAACGUGAAACACAUGAACGCACAAUGCAAAUUCUUGCGAAAAUCUAACACUUCUCUUGCAGCACAAUCCAAAACAAAAUUUUAAACACAUACAUACCUGCCUUCAUUAACCUAACAGCACUUCGGUUCAUAUACACAAACCGUCUGACAUAUUCAUUAUUCACCUAACCCUAUCGGUGACUACACUAAUGACCACACCUAACUACAACCGACCUGAACACAUCACCAUAUAAUAACACCGGGUUAGAUAGAACCACUCAAUCCUAAACUAAACAAUAUUAGACAUCGUCCACAUCACUUGCGGCUAUCAAACACUAGUUUGUCCAGCAACAUUUGACAGGCAAACGCUCAAUCAGAUCACAUAUAACACCAUAGACACCUCAUUACACUUUAGGCGCAAUACACUUAACAUUGGAGCAGUCAGUCACACCCCACUUACAUGUCAGUGUAACAACUGGCACUCAUAUGCAAGCAACAUUAUCGAAUCACACUCUGCACAAUUUAGGGUGAGUAAAUCCCAUAAACUGAUUGAACUCAGAAGAACAAUCCCCAAUCAAUCAAAUCAAUUUGUAUGGAAAACAAUUGUAGAAACGGUACUAGAAACACGUGAAUACCAUUAGCGACCGUCUACUUCAAUAUAGCAUUUUGGGAGACCAGAACAAUGUCCUGGUACUAUGAAAAUGCAAUACCAAUCUCCAACCAGGUUUACAGAGACUCGUAAUAAACAUAAGUACAUGCUACUGCAAAAACUCUAGGAUGGGAAACGUCAAUGACUAUUGUUUAUUUUAAUCUAGCACUGGCCGAAACUAGAACCAUACACACACUCCACACAACACCCUAUAGGGAACAAACAAUGUAGGAGCUAUUCGGGAAGCAAAAUUGCCUCCACAAAUACCCUCCUUUUAAUGUAGCAUCCUUCUGACACCCGACCAGAGUCAGGCUCUAAUAGAAUGCGAGGUGAAUUCCAACCACAUUUCUAAAUCUAACAAAACUGUUCGCAACCAGUACAUGACUACACAAUCCGGAUACGUGAGUCAAGCUUACACUUACCAAACCAAAGAUAUCACAUAGAACACAAACAAUGGAAACCCUAGUAGCCGAGAAACAAUUUUGCGCAGUCUACUAUUUCAUACUUAGGCGACUGGUGCUGCAACUGCGUAAUAGAAACAUUAACGACAAAUAAAAGAUGAACAAAAGUAAACCUUCUAGACACCAUCUAUCUUUCCAAUCGACACUUAAUACCGAUGUGCAUCGUCGAAACAACCAAUUUAUCCCAACACAAUAGACCCUACCCAAUGCACCAUUGUGAUCACUGACUUGUCUCGACAUUUAUACAUGCAAUCUCUAUAUAUCUAUGAUACUUCGUUACGUUCAGUGCUGGAAACCCAUUUGACAAUUUAUCCUGAAGAGAUCACCUCACAGUCAACACCCGAACAUGAAACCGACACAUCAGUCAAGAAACACUGUGCUAAGCACCUGUUCUUUGUUGGUGACAUACAACAAACUGUCCUCGUAGACAAACUCCAGUCUGAUCUUUAUUCGAUGGAAUAUAGCAUCUACACACUUCCAAAAUAGAUAUAUCCCACCAUCUUUAUCGAUGCUCAAGCCAGUUCGCAUAAAAUUCCGUUAAAUUUAGACUAAGAAACUAAUGAGCAUCAACAUUUAAAUACAUAAAGCAUACUAUCAGGCUGCUGGAUAAGCCAUCAGACACACGAAGACCUCCUUAAACUAAGCAUAUGAAGUGUGUAGUGUAAACCAUUUAUUAAGCACAGGCUUAUAAACUCGACUUUGAGUCGCACUGUUUAUGUGAAAGCUAAUGAUACUAACCGAAUUCCCCAAACCGAGGUAGGUGAGGUGGGGUUAGAGCCCGCAACUUAUCGGUUGAUAUAUACUUACAACACUGAAACAACCACGUUCAGCGCAUUGUCAAAACAUUGCAUUGGAAUCACGACGACUAAUACGAUACAAUACAAUACGUUACAUACCCAACGCACAAUAGAAGGCAGACGUGAAAUGCCUUACCGAAGGCGCAAAUUCUUCGGACACUUCAUAAUACGGUUAUCUGUUAUAUAUUUUGGAAAAUGUUUUAUCAAUUACUCCAGUGGCUUACCGUACGCAUCAGGAUAACCAGAAUCUAGGCCCGAAGAACGGGGUUAGAACCACCACUUUUCGGCAAUCCUGCUGCAGUCAUGUAACCACCCCCACAGCUCACACACCCACCAGCAUGAACAACCUUGGUUGUCAACGCCAAAUGUCCGCAAGCAAAUUCUGUUCACGCUUUGAGAAUUGGCUAUCUUGGUUACUCUGUAGAGCAACCUUUAGACCUACACCGACUAAUCCCCAUAACACAAUGUGUGAACAGCUACAGCACCACAGCAAAACCUGCUAGUCUCACC